AUGCUGAAUAUGAUGCAGAUGCAACAGCAGACGCUCCAGGUCAUGAUGGCUAGGAUGGACGCAGAUGAGAGAAGAAGGCGAGAAGCUGAGGCUGCCUCUGCAGCUGUAGCUGACCCCUUUGGUUCGACGGCUGCGGCUGGAAGUCCGUCAGCUAAAGCUACUGCUCCUCCACCUCCAGCGCCUGCUGGUCCGUCGGUGCACGUCGGAAGCAACAGAGCUGAGAAGUACCUCCCUGCUUUGCCCACCAUCGACGUUUUAUGGAUGGGGAAAGGGCGUGUGAAAGAGCUGGAAGAGUACCACCGUUGGUGUGAAGUCUUGGCGUCAUGGUUGGCGCUCAUAGACGACAACUACGUCAACGAGUUGCGCCAAGCAAUGGUGCACAACAGGGAGAUCAAGCAGUCAGAGAUGUCUGCUCCUGUGGCUUCGAGGUCUGCUUGGUUGUUUUACUACCUUCAACAGAGUUUGCAGAAGUUUGAGAGAGGCAUGGAGCUUGUGAGAAGCACGUCCAUGCGGCAAGCUCAAGCUGCUUGUGGGUACGAAGUCAUGCGGCAAAUGCAUGCGACUUUCAGCAUUGUCUCAAGAAUGGAGGCAAUUGCAGUGAGAGAUGAGGCCCUGAAGUUGCCUGCCAGAGCCCGAACCUACAAGAGGCCACUUGAUGUGGUCCGGUUCUUGGAGGAUGAGCUGGGCAAAGUGGAUCAGAAGCUCCAUCGUUUUCCGGAGCUGAAGCCCGGCGGCUCGGAUCGCCUAACCAUUUUGCUUCAAUCUGUCAACCCUGAGUGCCGGCAUUACGUUGUUUUGCACGGCAAGUCUGGAACUUUGGAAGAGCUUGUGACGAGCAUCCGGUUCUUUGAGGAACAGACCAGGCUUUGCGACGCUGGAGCCCUUCACGCUGUUGGUGACAAGGGUUUGUGUUGGAACUGCGGCAAGGCUGGUCACUACAGUUGGCAGUGUCCUGAACCACCGAAGGGGGGCAAAGGAAAAGGCAAAGACAAAGACAAAGGCAAGGGUGGAAAGCCCUCUGGUGGUGGCGGUCGAGGAGGCGAGCCCAAAGGAAAGGGCAAAGGCGACAAGAAGGGCGAGAAGGGCAAGGACAAAGGAAAGUGGGGAAAGCCAAAGGCGAAGCCGAAAGCGAAGUCCAAGGGACGCGCUGUUGAAGACGAGCCGUCGGAGCAAGUGAUGGCCUUGAGAUUUCAUCGUCUCAGGGGCAUGCGCCCAGGGAAAGUAGUGAAGAAUGAGCCCAAUGAUGCUGAGCCCCCACGUCUCACCAUGACGGAUAAGGAAGUAGAGAAGCUGAACCAGUCCUCUUCGAGGAACAGUCACUUUGCGUGGCUUGUUGAUAGUGGAGCCACGUGCCACGUGUUGUCUGUUGCUUCUUUGUCGUUUUACGAAGUCGUGAAGGAGCAUUCGGGACCGCUGCCUGUCUUGAUGAGUGCUAGCGACACCGAGAUGGAAUGCCUGGUUGGCGUCGCUUUCGGGUUGGUGUUCUUGGUUCACUGCCACACCCGGAGCUGGUGGGCAAUGGCCCAGGAGAUCGGUACCCCACCGAAGUUUGGGAAAGAAGACGACGACACGGGAGAUGCAAUGGAAGUGGACCGCGCCAAGGAGAAGGCGCAUCCGAACAAGCAUCCGCAGAGAGCUUUGGAAGUGGAGAAGGAGCCGGCCCAGAUGAUGGUUAUGUCCGAGAGAUGGCAAGAUCUCAGAGCGAUGCAGACAGCGGCAUCCAGCAGGCGACAGUCCUUGGUGCAGAAGCUGCAGCUGAGUCGCAGCGUAGAGCAGAGGCGAGAGGCCGAAGAACUAGUGGCAAUGAACAGAUGCGAUUCGAAGGAAUUGCUCCACCGAGGAUUUCACUCCCUAACUUCUCCGGCCUUGCCUUCUGGAGAACCUCCCGCUCCCACUCAGGAGGGCAACGAGGCCGACGAUUGGGGGAAAUGGAAGGCGGUGCCAGGCCCUCCUGCGAGCCCGCCUCCACCGGGGACGCCUGUGGUGCCGCCUGGACCCCCGGAGACGCCGCCCGAGACACCACCGGAGACUUCUUGGGAGAAGAAGAAGAAGGACAAGAAGAAGGAGAAGAAGAAAGGCUCCAAGGAGCGCCGUGCACGAGAAAAGGACCAGGUCGCCGAGGACAAGAAGGACCACAACGAGGGGGAGAGAGACAAGGCCGCCGAAGGAGUGGCUUUGCUGAGGGAGCAAGAGCUCAAGAUGGCUGCCGCCAGCAAGAACUUGGCGGAGAAGGAGCGAGCGUCGGCAGCGGCGAAGGCAGCCGCCAAUGUGGCUGUCGAGAAGUGGACGCCCCAACAGAGGGCACGGAAGGAGGCAGAGCUCCAAGCAGCCCUGCUUGCUCAGGAGCAAGCCGCUGCUACAGUUCGUUUGCUUACUUUGGAGUUACAACUUGGGGAUGCCCUUGGUGCCCCCGAGAGUUCAGCGGCCCCCGAGGGAACGCCUCCGACAACGCCGGUGUCGCCCGGAUCUGCGGUUCCAAAGACACCCCAACGAUCACCUUUGGUGAAAGCGAUGCCCAAGGUUCCGGAGAGCCCUGCUUCUCAAGCUGCUGUGAGCCUUGUUGCUCCAGCUGCUGCGGGGCCUGUUGCUCAAGCUGCUGCGAGGCCUGCGGUUCGAGUUGCUUUGAGGCCGGCGGUCCGAGCUGUUCAAGUGAAGGCGAUGCCCAAGGUGGGGCAGGUGCCGGAUGUUGGGCACAUGGGACCUCCAGCGCCGCCGAUGGUUGGGCCAAUGGGCCCUGUACCACAAGCACCGCAGGUUGUUGGGAAGAUGCACAUGUUCCCGCCGGCGCCGCCCUUCUUGGGGUACAUGGGACCAGUGCCUCCAGCACCACCGCCCGGAUACCGAGGCAUUUUCAAUCCGUGGUCCACCGGGCCGUUGCGCCAGGUGUUUGGAGCUGUGGGCCAGCAUGUGACGCCCAUCACUCCGAGUGCCGUCAAAAGCACCCCGGCCAACAGCAAGGGCAACUCUAGUUGUCGUGAGUGCAGUGCUGUAGGAGAAGGUAACCUCGAGUGUGGUGCGGUGUUCCUUAGAAAGAUCGUGUGCCGCAGCCUUGUUCAGGGUUAUUUCAAAGGCCUGCCGGUUGAGAUCACUGUUGAUUCUGAAGAAGAGUUGUUGCCAGACCCCGACCCGAAGCCUCAACCUCCCGGCCCUCCUGACCCCGAACCUCGUCCCGAGCCGUCUGGUUCAGGUUUGUCUCCUCCUGAAGACCUUGAGGUUCCAGUAUACAUUACUUCAGAGCGUUUGCGAGCGCACCGGAACAAAGGGCAUCAGCCUUAUCUGAGUUUCUGUGAUGUGUGCCAGUCGGCACGUGGUCGUGUGCCAGCACGACGCAAGAACAUGAAGAGCCACUAUGCGCCGGGAGAGCUUCAAGUAGAUUUUGGCUUCUUCGGUCGAAAUGUUCGGUUUCUGUUGAUCGUUCACGUCCUGUCGGGAUACUUGAGUACUGUUGUUUUGGGUCCUGAGGACCCGGUGCCUGUACCAGCCGUUUGCAAGGCUCUUUCUGAGAUGGGCCUCAACGGGCUGGACAUUGUGGUCCACGGUGACCAAGAAAACCUCCUGGAGAGUGUGUUCCGGGAUUCUGCGAAGCAUAGGACGUUUGUAGGACGGUCCAUGCAUUGGGUUCCGUUUGCAGUGAACAGGCCCCAGGCAAAAGGCAUUGUUGAGCGUAACGUUUGCCUCGUGAAAGAAGCGUUUUGGUCUGUUUGGCUAGGACUGGAAGAGCGUGUAGGAGGGCAGCUGCCGUUAGGGAGCUACUUGUUUAUUGAAGCCAUGCGGUAUGCUGUUAGGAUGCAUAACUUGUUUCAUGUGUCCAAGGAGCAAAGCACGCCUCUGGAACGCCUCAGGGGCUCUACAGUCCAAGCUGUGAAGAGUUGUGAGUUUGGGGUGGUAGGCUUUGGAAAGCCACAAAAGGACUAUCCGGAGCAUCGAGGAAAGCGCCUAGUGAGGGCGAUUUACGUUGGGCCCCAUGGCGCCAACGGCUCUGGGAUACGUGUCUUUGUUCCCUUAGGAGAUGGGAAGCCGCCUCGUCUGGAGAUUUUCAGCUCGUUUCGUGCCCGGGACCCGGUAGAGUUUGACAAAGCAGUGCUAGACCAACUGAAAGGAAACCGGGAGGACCCCGAGCGACCCAUCAAGUUUGAUGUGCCUCUGGAUGACGGUUCUUUGACCUUGGUGCUGGUGUAUGUUGAUGACUUGAUCAUCUUCUCCCAGAACUCAAAGAUUGCAAAGGAGCUGUAUGCUCAGUUGGCCAAGAUUUACAAAAUGAAGCAGACUGGGAUCUUGGAGCCUGGAAAGAAAGGGCAACUUGAGUUUCUAGGAAGAAUUAUCGUCCGUGUGACGGACGCUGGACCUGUGUUGUUCGGCUUGAAACCGGGCUACUUGAAGUCGCUUGGUGAAGAGUUUGGGAUCAGCGGAAAAGGUGUGAAGCCUGUUUUGGGAAACCUUGAGAGGGAGUACCGGAAGAAGGAACCUGGAGGUUCAAUAAGCACUGAGUCGUACGAAAGGUAUCGACGUGUGCUUGGGAAGCUCAUGUGGGCCAGUCUCACGCUUCCUCACCUAGCUUAUCCUGUUGGGUUUCUAGGUCGUUUUCAGAGUGAUCCUGACAGCCAAGCCGAAGCCUGUUUAAGAAGAGUUGUGCGUUGGGUGAUGGCGUUGCCUGAGUACCUUCAGCGCUUCUCUGCGUUUGGCUGGGUCGACCAGAGUUUUGAGUCGGAGACCUUGCUUUCGGGGUAUGUGGAUGCCUCGUGGAACGUGUGUUCAGUGUCUGGUGCCAUUGUCCUUUGGCAUGGCAUGAUGAUCAAGUGCUUCUCAAGGAAGCAGUCAGUGACUGCCUUAAGCUCAGCUGAAGCAGAGCUGGCCGCGCUUACUGAAGCUGCCAAGGAAGCUGUGUACCUGUCCCUGCUGUUGGAAACGCUCCUUCAAGGCCUGCCUGCCGGUGACACGGGAUCGUAUCCCAUUUACCUGUCGUCUGACAGUGAAGCGGCAUUGUCUAUUUCGAAGAUGAAAGGCCUGCUGCGUCGAGUGCGGCAUUUGGAGCUGAGGCAUCGGUACUUGCAAGAGCUUGUUCAAAGUGAGAGACUGCGUCUCACAUUCAUCCAAGGAUGCCUGAAUCCGAGCGACGGACUCACAAAGAGUCCUGAAGAAGCUAUGCUCCAGCAUCUGCUGGAGGCUUGUGGACUUGAGCGGAUCUGUGAGGAAGACUUGCAGACACUGUGUGUACCUGAACAACUUCGAGAGAGAGUGGAGGAACUUGAGAACCUCAACGAGAAGCUUGAAGAGCUUCCGGAGAACUUACUGAAGUAUCGUCCGGUAGCCGUUGAUUUGGCUAUGGGGGUUGUUCCUUUGCUUGUGGUUGAGCUGUUCUGUGCCCGUGACAGUGCGUUGUGUGCAGCGUGCAAGCGUGAGAGCGUUGCUUACAUUGGCAUCACUCAGGAAGAAGACUUCUUGAGUAAGAACACACAGUUGUUUUUAGGAGAAGUUCUGCUCUGUCUGUUGAAACGAAAUCCGCCCAAGAUCUAUAUCCAUGUAGCGUCGCCGUGUACUGCAGGUUGUAGUUUUCGGUUUAAGAACUGGCACAAACCGAAGUUUCGCCAUCGCUGGCGUGAGCAGAUGAAGAAGCAUGUUGCUUCGUGGAAAACGCUAGGAAAGCUGUUGCAGAACCACUGCCAGGACGUCCUGCUGACUCAGGAGUGGCCAAAGACCUGUGGACUUUGGAAGGAAGAAACGUACCAAAGAGUGAAGAAGUCCCUUGGCCUAUCCUUUGGACGAGAAGUAGACCGAUGUGCUUUUGAUUUGGUCUAUAAGAGAUGGUGGUUUGCCUGCAACUGUUCGGAGUGGUGUGAAAUCUUCUCCGGGAAAUCUUGUGACAAGAAUCAUGUGCAUGUUGCUCCUGAAAGUCUUGAGGCAACCGGUUACUACCCCACCAAGCUAGGUAGGGCUCUUUUGCGUGCUGCUAAGCGAGUCUUGAAAGUAGCCGUAGAAGGGACUGCCGUGCGGACGUGUGCCGAGGAUGACGAACAGAGCACUUAG